AGGGAAUCGAGCUAGUGCACCUUCCGGGCAAAGUGCAGGCGAUGCAUGCCGACGACCUCUCACGUCGAAUCGCAUCAUCCCAGGUGCCUCGCGAUGCUUUGGGCAUGCGGCAAUGUGCUCUCCCAUAACUUCCCCACGCGUGGAGACGCCAUCGGAAUCUACAGUGGGUGUCGGAACGCGUGUCGGAAUCACGAUGGUCAUAAUGAGCGCUGCCCGCUCCUCGCCGCUGUUGCUUGCUCUUAGCUCACACUCAAGAAACCCUUGAAUCUUUACACAACAUGCCUUCGAACGAGCCUCUUUCCAAUGGCAACGGCGCCACCCAGGAAUACUCAUUCCCACCUGGCAUCCACGUCCCUUCAUUGACUUGGUUCAAGAACGAUCAGAACCAGGACAUCGACUGGGAGGUUCAAGAGAAGCACUUCGAAUUCCUCAUCUCCAAUGGUCUCCAUGGUAUUGUCAUUGCAGGCACGAACGGCGAAGCAGCAACAUUAUCUUCAGCCGAGAAGACAAAGUUAGUUCAGAAAGCACGCAAGACCGCUCAAAAGUUAGGUCGCGGCGACCUACCUAUCACACUCGGCGGCGUAGCAGGCUCGACACGCGAUGCUAUCCAGCAGACCAUCGAAGCCAAGGACGCAGGUGCAAGUGCAUUCCUCGCGCUCGUACCUUCCUACUUCCACUUUGCGAUGAACCAGGAUGCGAUUGUUGCGUUCUUCCAAGAGCUGGCAGAUGCAAGUCCCAUCCCGAUCGUCCUCUACAACUUCCCAGGUGUUGUAGCUGGCCUAGAUAUCAACUCUGAGAUGUUAGACAUCUUGGGUAAACAUCGCAACAUCGUCGCUGUCAAGCUCACAUGCGGCGGUAUUGCCAAGGUUGCGAGAGUAUCAGCUUCAUUCAAGAAGUCUGAGUUCGUUGCAUUGGCUGGGCAGAGCGACUGGUUGAUCCCAGCAUUGAGUGUUGGAGGUGUGGGCACAAUCACCGGUGUCGCCAACCUGUACCCCAAGACUUGUGUACACAUGUUCAACCUCUACCAAUCUGGCAAGGAAGACGAAGCCUCUGCCCUUCAGAUCAAGUUGUCAGUCACCGAGUGGGGCUUCGGAAAAGGUGGCAUCAAUGGCACCAAGUACGUGGUAGCACACAAGAGGGGAUACCCAGAGUCGAGCGCAGACUGCAGGAGACCGUACCCCAGGUACGUCGAUGAGGAGAAGAGGAAAUGGGUCGUCAACCAGGUGUCAGGAUUGGAUGAGAUCGAGGCUUCCUUAUAAGCUGGUCUAUCGGCAUAGAACUCUUGGAUACUUUUUUCCGGUCGCGCAUUUGCAUCUUUGGCGUAAUCGGUGGAGGACUUCACAACGUACUUGAACGACAGAAAUAAACCAAAACUUUACCUCC